UCACGGCAACAGGUGAUUUCCAUGCAUUCUAACUAUAAAAGAUCUCGCUCCCCAGUACAUCAUUUCAAUUCUGCAUGAAGACAAUGAUACAUUACAUUCCAGUGACAAUGACAUGGAGACUUGUCUAUUUCACUUUGAGUCUGAUAUUAGGCGGUGUGUACAGUGACACGACGGUGACGAUCCACCCUCAGUGGCUGGCACAGGGCGGUAGAGUUCGCUAUGAGAGUGACAGGUGGAACAAGCAUAACGGCCUGGAAAAGGAGUCCCUUAUCGCAAACUGUCGGAGCAUUCGGACUGACAGUGGGCGCUGGAUACACCCAGAUGAUAGUGAUCGUCUCUUCCAAGAUUGGCCAGAAGACACAAACCGUAGCGGCUACCCUGACUCCAACUACUUGAAGAAUGUCACCAAACAGCAGGAACUCUUCUCCAACUACCUUGCUAACAUUAACAGUGGUUAUAAGAAUGAAAUGAUCUUGAUGGCGAGAGCUCAUAACUGGCCAAGUUGGAUAAACCAGUCAGAACAUGAGGGGCAAUUCCCCAACAACAUCGAUGCCGCUGCAGAGUUCAUAGUGUUGAUGAUGCAAGGAGUAUAUGACUAUACUAAAGGAGAGAUCCCACCCUACUUCGAGCCCAUAAAUGAACCAGACGCUAAGACUGACAUCUGGAAUUUUACGACUGUUGCCAUCUUCCACAAAUUAGUUGCGGAGAAACUCCAUGCCAGAUUUAACAUCAAAGUGUCUGGGCCUACACUUGACGGCGAAACAGGGUCAGCAGAUAGAAACGACUUUUCAUACUGGAAACAAGUGGCAUAUUUCAUGGACGUCACAUUAGACUAUUUAGAUGCAUUUUCUUUUCAUUCGUACAAUUCACUCAUCGUGGCAGGCAAAUCUCACAAUCUCACUGGAAUGAAUGAAGCACGUCUGGUAGCAUUUGUCGACCUGGUUGAAAGUUAUGCUUCUCAGAAGAAAGGGAAGAUUGUCCCCCUUGUUAUCAGUGAAUAUGGCCGCGAUAUUGUGUUAGGAAUUGACAAAUUUGCUCCAUCAGGUAUAGUAGACUUCUCAACAAUAUACCAUUCCAAUGCCCACAGAUUUACCCAACUCAGUCUAAGGGAAUACAUUGACAGAACAGUGGUGUUUCUGUUAGACAAUGAAAAAUAUCCAGGACAUGAUAGUCUCAACUGGUCACUUUUUACUCUUCAAGGAAACGCUACACGUAUUGUCGACGUCUUUGAUUUUUGGUACAAAUUCUCGUCAGACUAUUCUUUUAUCAGAACAUACAGCCAAUAUGAUGGACAGGAACGAACCGUGUCUCCCUUAGCAAUGUCCAGUUCCCUGCAUAACGAAACCGUCAUUCUCUUACAUAGCUAUUCUCAGAAGUUGCAAACAGUCAAGCUUGACUUUAAGGACGAAUGGAUGAAACCAGCCAAGGGAGAAGCUACUUGCAUCACCAUCAAGGACGAAUGGUAUCCGAUCAUGACCUUCAACGAGCCCUUUAACAUCCAGAAGUCACAAGGAAUGUUUGAACUUCCCCCUGAGGCAACAUGUCACUUGACAUUCACGACCCCCUCAGACCAAUUACCUACUGUCACUCUCAACGAAACCACAUACUACGGCGCUGAUAUUCUUAUACCAAUCAAAGACAAAAUCGCUUUGACUGACAUAAAUCUACCAAAUGACCAAUACCACAGUGCAAGAUUGAGAGUUUCAACCAGUUGGCCGAUCAAUGAAACAAACAAUGUAUCGUAUGUUACCUUUAACCUCAACCCCCUUGACUCGUUCUAUAAGCUGUAUGAUUCCGACAAGUUUAACAGCACCACCUAUUGGGAAGUUUGGGAGUUUGCUGUCCCUACAUCCCUCUUUGUCGCGGGGGCUAACCUGGUACAGUUCCACUUCUCUAACAGCAUGACAGCAGGAUAUGUUUCUUCAGUUGCGCUUGUCACAGCCAAGCUUGUCCCAUCUAAAAAUGCAUCAGAAGGAUAAUUUUGACAAUUAUAACUGACAUAAUUAAACAAGUUCAAAAUAUGUUGAAAUUAUGUUGUCAGCGUUUGAAUAUAUGAUUUGGCGUCA